AUGGGUGAGGCGGUCUCAGAGACGGGCACGGGGAUCAGCUGCUUGAUAUCGGACGCGUUCUUAUCGUUCUCCGGAGAACUGGCGGAAGAAAUGCGCGUUCCGUGGAUCCUAGUGUGGAUUUCGAUGCCGUAUCCCCUCUAUGUAUACACAAACAUCCGCCUGAUCCGGCAAAUAUGCUCAAACUCUCCUCCUACAGUUCCUGAUGGCCAUGACGGACGUGCCCGCAAAGUCAUCCCGGAUGUGCCCGAAGUUCUCGUCGGAGAUUUGCCCGAAGGGGUACUUGCGCCGGGUGAUUUAGAAUCGGAUCUGGUAGGAAUUCUGGGUAAUCUCGGAGCUCUGUUGCCAAGAGCCAGCGCGAUUGCCAUGAACUUUUACCAUGAGCUAGAUCCUACUGCUCUCACAAACAAUCUCAGGAAUACUUUGCCAAACUUGCUGUACUUGGGUUUUCUCACCUUAUCGUUGCCGCCGCCUCCGAAGCCAGAGUCUCCGCCGUUGGAUUCCGACAUAAACCGUCACUGCAUGUCUUGGCUAGAAAGGCAGAAGCCUAGAUCCGUCGCAUAUAUAGGAUUCGGGACACUAGCAAUACUUCCUGAGAAUGAGCUUCACGCCUUGGCGGCAGCACUUGAAGAAAGUAACGUCCCUUACAUUUGGUCCCUACAAGACAAUUUGAAGGAAAAACUCCCAAGCCAGUUCCUUCAGAGAAUUGGUGCGAGAGGCAUCGUCGUUUCAUGGGCCCCACAGAUUGAAGUAUUAGCUCACUCGUCGACCGGUGUAUUUGUAACUCAUUGUGGGAGCAACUCUGUGUACGAGAGCGUGGCGAAUGGCGUGCCGAUGAUAUGCAGGCCUUUCUUUGGAGAUCACAGGAUGAAUGGUAGGAUUGUAGAGGAGGUGUGGGAGAUUGGUGUCCGUGUUGAAGGCGGGGUCAUAACCAAGGACGGCGUACUCAAAAGCCUCCGGCUUCUUUUGGUCGAUCAAGCAGGUAAGGCGAUGAGAGAGAAGGUCCGUGCUCUCAAAAAACUUGUUCAAGUGGCGGCCGGACCUAGUGGCAGAGCUGCUGAGGACUUCAGGAGUUUGUUGAAAAUAGUUUCAUGA